UUAGACACCAAAUCGAGACCACUCUUUUCUUGGUUCUACUAUAAUUGCUCAUCAAGGAUACACCAGACAAUUAUGAAGCCGAGUGUACUUUUGUGCAUCAACUGAAUUAAAGAAAACUUCAAGCUAAGCAUAUUUUUUCUUUCAAAUAAUCACCAUAUAUUUAUUCGUACAAUACGUAUGAUACAUAAUUAGACAUAAAAUGAAAUUAAAAUUUUAUGAAAAUAUUCUCUAUGACAUUCGCAAAUUUUCUGGUCUUACUAGAGAUUGUGCCGAAAUGUUAAUACAGAAAUAUCCCAAAUUAUUUUUCAGUAUUCCUGUUAAUUCGAUACAUAGUAUUUUAUCUAUUGAAGUAAUAAAUCGAGUCAAAAAAAGUGGAUAUAAGGGUCAUGGAACUCAACGUAAAUUCUGGGAACGGUGGAAAAAAUCACAACAAAACGGAGAAUCAUCCGGUAUCAUAAUAAGACUUUCUGCAAUGACUAAUUUACCUCCGUCAUUGGUAGCUCGUUCAAUUUUAGAGUAUUAUUAUCAAAGUAUUGACCGAAAUGUUACCAAAGCCAACGUGUACCAAUAUUUAAAAGAUCCCACUCUUAUUGACAAUCAAGACUUAGCUUAUGAAAUAUACUUGAGUAUUCUCUAUGACGAUCGAGAUGGACCUGUUUCUCAAGCAUUUUCGAAGGCCAUUGGAUAUGAGUACGAAAGUGAGCUUCAAAACUAUUUAGUUAAGCGUGGAAUAGCUUAUAUAACUGAGGAUAAUUUACGAAGAAAAGGCUAUGAUAAAACUCCAGAUAUAAAAUUGGAAAUUCCAAUCGCUAUAGAUGGUUUUGUAGUAAAUUGGAUUGAAUCAAAAGCUCGAUUUGGAAGUCCAUCAAUACAUGCUACUUACCUUAAAAGCCAAUUGUUAAGUUACUGGAACCGAUUUGGACCAGGUCUCGUUAUUUAUUGGUUUGAUUAUGUAGAUGAAAUUAUUGAACCAAAUGAAAAAAGAUUUAUUAUUAUGAACCAUUUUCCAAAUAAUGUUACUUAUAUGCAUACAGAUAUAUCAGAAUAAUCACAAAAUAAUAUCUAAAAUGAAUUUUUUGAAAAAUACACAUAAAAAUAACUCAUACAAAAAAAACUUAUUUUUUAUUUUACAUUUAAAAAAUUUACAGACGUUAUAUAGUUUUUUCUUUUUUUUUAUUUCUAUCAGAAAUAGUGUACUUAUCGUAACAUUUUGUUGGAUCAAAUGGUUCCCAUCUACUGGCAGGAAAAAUAUGUUUAUUCCUUUCAUACCAAGACCUACAAUUUUGUAAUAUUUAUUGAUGAUUCUGACACCUUAUAAUAUUAAAAAUAAAAUCGAUUUGUAUGUACCUUAA